AGCCAGUGAAAGGAGCGCCCGAGGGGCCGCAGACGCUCCCAAACGGGCCUCGGUAAAAGUCUCGUCGCUUCGGAGGCGAUUCGGAGCCGUCUCCACCCCUCUCCCUUUAGACGAUGCUUAAGGUACAAGGAAAACCAUUUCCUGGGACAUCUGAAUUGUAAUUCAAGCUUGAGUUACUGACGACAGUGAAGGGGCAAACAUGCUUAACUCCGCCAGUGAAGUGGAGUUUUCAGAAGAAAAAACUACCGAGGAGAUCUCCCAACUCUCUUCUCUGGCACUGUCAGGGGACACAGCGUACAGCGAAAAAACCUCAACUGGUUUGCCCGAAAAAACUGGCUAUCCGGACUCCGUUUACAUUAUGGCAGCGAACAUUUUUCAGGGCAUUCGAUUCGAAAAGUCACCAGAGAAAGUCUUAAUAAAAUAUGGGAAUGAGCCCCUGCCGUCCUCCACCGAGUCUGAGGAUGAAUCCUUUCAGCGUUUGUCCUAUGAGCUGGCUUUCAGUGCCCUGAAGUUUCAAGAUAUUUUGGAAACUAUAUUAAUAGACAGCUAUAUCUUCCCAAGCACCACAAUACCAGAUCAUUUGAACAGUCUUAUCAUUGUGAUGCUGUAUGAUUUCCAAGAUAGAAAAUUUCAAGCUCGUCUCCUUUCUGAUAAUGAAGAGUCUAUAGCGGAAGUUCUAGAAGUAGAGAACCUUCUUAACAGUUUUAAGACAAAAUUGGCUGCGGCAUUGGCAAGAUGUCGAAUCAAACAUGAUGCCCUUUCAAUUUACCACAUUCUUCCAGAAACAGUUAGGAACCAGGAACUAAGGGCCUCAACUUUGCCACUUUAUGCUUGGAUAAAUACUUGUAAAAUCAGCCCUGAAGAAGUUUAUCAUAGUUUGAAGAAAAAAGGCUAUAAUAAAGUCAAAUCUGUGUUGCAUAUUGAUAAUAAAGUCUUUGCUGUGGAUCAACAUUGCUAUGAUGUCUUAAUUUUUCCAUCUCAUCUUAAAAGUGAUCUUCUAAAUAUAGAUCUUUUCAAAGAUUAUAAACUUGUAUUUCAGGACAAAUCUCGAAGUCUCGCUGUACAUUCUGUAAAGGCUUUAUUAAAUAUGGAUGAUGAUAUCUUAAUGGUCAAUUCAGGUUCGUGGUACACAGUUGCCCAUAUGUCAAUCUUAACAAAUAAUAAUACCUCAAAAAUAUUUGUGUGUGGAGUACAAUCACAAGCUAAGGAUCCUGACCUGAAGAACCUUUUCACAAAAAUGGGAUGUAAAAGUAUAUAUUGAAUACUUCAUGAGACAUUUAUUAACCUUGAAUCAAAGGAUCAUAGGUUACAGAAAGUUAAAGUGAUUCUGCUGCUACCUCGUUGUUCAGGACUGGGUGUUAGCAAUCCAGUAGAAUUUAUUUUAAAUGAGCAUGAAGAUACAGGUUUACUUAAAGAUUUCUCUCAAGGAGGCCCGUCAGAAGAUAAACUUCAUAUUCUUGCUCAACAGCAAUAUGAACAGCUAACACAUGCAAUGAAAUUUACUAGAGCUCAAGCAGUUGUUUACUGCACAUGUUCAGUUUAUCCAGAAGAAAAUGAAGCUGUUGUUAAGAAAGCACUGGAAUUUCAAGACCACGGGACUAAAGUACAAUCUUAUAGGCUUAGUCCCCCUGUCCUUCCACUGUGCUCCUUAAAGGAAAUACAUUUGUCCACUGACAAAUUUUUCAGAAUGGAACCAUCUGAAAUUACCAAUGGUUGUUUUCUUUCUGUUCUCACAAGGGAGCGGGACCUAUCUGAGACAGUGUCUGUGAAAGAUGUUUUGGCCCGUGCUGCAGCAAAGGGUCUACUGGAUGGGAUCGAGUUGGGCAAACCUUCAAAACGGGAGAAGAAGAAGAAAAAAUCAAAAAUGUCAUUGCCAAAAUCUUCCACUUCUGAUAGUAGCAGCAUCCAGAUGAAAAUUGCUGAGUUCCUGAGUCAAGAAACUAACGCAAGUGCUCAUCAGUCAGAGACAUUAACAACAAAAACAUCUCUUCCACAGAAGAAUACAAAUCAAGUGGGUUCUUCCUCACAGGUCAGAAAAUCCAACAAGCCCACCACCAAUCCUUUAGUGCCUACGUUUAUGAAGAACACAUCUCCCUCCAGACCAUACAAACGGCCGACAAACUUUUUAAGACCUCGCCCAGAAGACAGAAUGAUUGCACUGAAACCCAUAGAGAUUGUUUUGCCUCCAGUAAUGUUGCCAUUUUCUAGUCCCCAAGGGAUCAGAUCUCAGAUACCAACUCAGCAUUUUUACUGUCGUUGGGUUGGGCCCAAGACUGUCAUGCCUGGCUAUCUUCCCACACCAUCAAUACCAAGAAGAGGGGAAAAACCUAAAGAAAACUUACCUUCCUCUCUACCCAGACAUCCUCGACCAUGGCUUUGACUGUCUUGUGUUUUUUACAGGGGUCAAGAGUAGUAGAUUUUUUUUUUCAAAGUCUGAUAUUUCUCUGAAGGUUAGACAUCCCUACACAAAAUACUCAUCCUUUUGGUCACUUAGUAUCUUCUAAAUGUGAUUAUUACCUUCAAGUGAAUUAAGACAAAUGAGAAUAAUAUAGGUGAGUUAAGCAAAGCAGAAUUCAGAGAGUUCAGUAGCUGGGUGCUGAUCUGUUUUAGAAUGUCCAGUUGUAGACUCGGUAUUGGCUGUUGUUAGAACUUGUCUCACUCUUGCUAACUUUCUGUCUGGACUUAGGACACUGGUUUUAAAGCUGCAACAAUUUUUCCUGAAGGGAAACACUGUGUGCCUUAGAACAGACUUCUUUUCAAAGUUAACUUGUGAGGCAGUUUAUUAGAAAGCGUAGGUUUGGAAAAGAUGCUCUUGCACAGACUAUAGAUUGCUCUUCAGUAUCGAGUCAGCUGUAGUUUAACAUUUUCAGUCACUAUCGAGGUUGAUUUUUUUUUCUUAAACAUCAAAAUAGGAGAUGUUAUGAGCUUUUGUAAUGUGAUUGAGGUUGAGUAUGAGUGGGAAGAACAGGAAAGUCCAAAGUUCUAGGUGUGAGGAGUAGUUCAGCUGUCCAUUCACAGAGUGAAAACUGUUUCUCACUGGAAGAACCUCUAGGAUCCUGAGCAGACUGAACAUAAGCUCUCCCUUUUAACUGUUUAUGCCAAAUACUGUUGUAAAAAAAGUGACUGUAAGCAAAUUUCCAUCUAAAUAGUAAUUCUGAGGAAGAGGCCAAACUGUUGAAUACAAGUGACACCCCUAUUGUUGAAGAAAUCUAUACAAAUUUAUGAUUCAAAGAUCAGGUGAGAUGAUGGUCAUUUCAAGUGGCACACAGUAAUCAAACUUUGGUAAGUCAUUUCUGAUGCUCAAUUAAAAUAUAUUGUAGCACUAUUUUAAUUAUAUUAAAAGUCAGUUCAUCUUGACUGUAUUAUCAGUUGCCUUCCAAGAAUUGGUUAUGAUUAUCAUUUCUGGGUCUACUGAUUUUUUUUUCAUCAUGGCAACAGAAAGUGACAUUAAAUCAAAUAUGUUACAACUAUAAAUCCUACUGUUUAAAAACAUGUUCAUAGACACAUUCAAAGAGUUUGAAUUUAAAGUUGUGUUUUCAGAAUCCAGUUGUGUUGAAUAGUGUUAGAUAAAUUCCUAAAUUUCAA